AUGGCUCCGUCAUUAGAAGAACCUAUUGUCCCCUCUACACCGGUUGCCAAGCUCGUCGUCCCUACGAAGGGUGUCGCGGGUAACAACAAGUUCGGCUAUAUCCCUGGGCGUACUGUUGUCGAAAAACACACCACCUACGAACAUGAAGACCUUUUACCUUCUUUCCCAGAUAUCCAUUGGGCUCCAUUGGAAGAGAAUGUUCAUGAGGACCGAGGUAUCCAUGGGGAUCCUAAGUUUCGCAACCUCCUACAAGAUGCCUCUGCUGUGUUCGACUAUAACCCCAAGAUUGGAACAGAGGUCCAUGGAGUCGACUUGGCAAACCUCACCAGCGCACAGCAAGAUGAUCUAGCCCGUCUAGUAGCAUAUCGAGGAGUAGUCUUCUUCCGUGACCAAAAGAACCUGGAUAUUAAUGCUCAGCGUGACCUGGGUCGACACUUUGGAACCCUACAUAAGCAUGCUACCACAUCUGUUCCCCGCAAGCAGGGUCUUGAGGAUGUUCAUGUGGUGUACUCUGCUGAUAAUGCCCCUGACAACCGUGCUUUGUUUAGUCCCAGCUUUCUGUGGCACUCAGAUGUGACAUAUGAAGUGCAACCACCAUCAUACACCAUACUUAAGGUGCUCACUGGUCCCCCUAGUGGAGGCGGCGGUGACACCCUCUGGUCUUCACAGUACGCGGCAUACGACGUCCUGUCCUCGCACAUGCAGACCUACCUCAAGGGCUUAACAGCUCUCCACUCCGCAGACAUGCAAGCCAAUGACUCGCGUGCCAUUGGUCGACCUGUACGUAGAGAGCCCGUCACUACAGAGCACCCUCUUAUUCGAACAAAUCCUGUCACUGGUUGGAACAGUUUGUUCUUCAACCCUGGCUUCGUCACCACUAUCGUUGGCAUUCCCAAGGGCGAGAGUGAUGCCAUAAUUCGAUACCUCACAGAUGUGGUUGCUACAACCCAAGAGGCACACGCUCGUUUCCAGUGGAACAAGGGUGAUGUCGCUAUUUGGGAUAACCGAACUACAAACCACUCUGCGACAUAUGGCUUCACACCACACCGACGACAUGCUGUUCGUGUAGCAUCACAGGCUGAGCAUCCCAUCCUUAAAUCCUCUGGAAAAUCACAAGAAGAAGAGCUCAACGCUCUGUACGGACUGCCGGCAGUCAACAAGGAUGGAUCGCGCCAGUCAAACUACAACGACUAA